AUGAGACCGCAGAUUAAAAUAUUCUCAGGGCCUGAGUUACCCUUACUUAGGCCAAGUUGUUUAUUAACAUCGAAGGUUCAGCCGCUAUCACGAUGCUUUUCUACAACGUCGCCAGCCCUUGACUGGCUCACACCGAAGUUUAUGGAAAAGUCGAAGUCACCCAAAGGGCGUCCACAUGUCGCAACUGGUGGAUCUUCUCGAGGUACAACUGUCGUUUGGGGCGACUACGGUCUACGUAUGAAAGAUCACGACCGCCGACUGCCGGCCUCAUCGCUCAAAAUUGCAGAGGAAACAAUCAAGAGACGUUUAAGGGGCAUGGAUUACACUCUUUAUAAGCGUGUGAGUGCCAACCUUGGUGUCUACACCAAGGGUAAUGAACAACGUAUGGGUAAGGGUAAAGGCAAGUUCGAUUACUGGACGGCAAAGGUUCCAGUGAGCAGGAUUGUAUUUGAAUUGAAGGGUAAACUGCAUGAAAAGGUCGCGAGGGAAGCGUUUCGAUUAGCUGGUCAUAAAUUGCCUGGCCUCUGGGAAUUUGUGAAAAAGGGUGACCCGCCUGUUGUUGGCCUGACGAAACUUGGCAAUGGUGUGACUUUGGAAAGCCUCAAACGACCGCGCAGAAGCCCAGCAUUGGGUACGGAUAAUCUGGAUACGCCCCUUAUGUCAAAUUCUUCGAGCUCAUCCGCGUCCCAAUAA